AUGGAGCCAGCAGCCAUGGCACAGCCCAUGUUGCCUCAGAACCUCGAUGAGCUGGGUGACGUCCGUGGUGAGAAGGGCUGGACAGCACAUCGCCUGCUUCCAUCUUCGGUGCUAUCAAAGGCAUUCGAGGCCGACCCAGCACUGAAGUGUCGGCUCUGCUCCGAACCGGCCGAGCCUGCCAUGCGCUUGGCUGGCGCCGGCUUCGAGUGUGAGUCGCAGCACAGCCUCUGCAAAUCCUGUGCCCUUCAGCAACACCCCGCCAGAGGGGCCGUGAAGUGCCCCGCAUGCCAGUGCUCGGGCAGGGGCUAUGUUGCGAACCCCCAGGUGGAUGCACGUUUGGGUGCCAUGCACGUGGAGUGCCACUGCGGAGCGCGUGUGGCCCUGGCGAAGGCGCGGUGCCACCUGCAGUUGCACGCCAACGCCGACGAGGUCGAGAAGACCAGCAAAGAUUUGGAGGCUUUGCAGCAGGAGCUCGACACCGCCUCCCAGCAGACCGAGGCCCUUCGCGCAGCCUUGCUGGACCAGUCAGCAACGGCCAAGCGCAUGUGGGAGGAGAGCGAGACCGCGGUUGCGGCUGCAGCCUCGCUGCAGCCACCCCUGAGGCGUGCCCGCGCCGAUGCACCCCAUGCUGCACAAUCCGAAGUGUCUGGCUGA